UAAGGUUCUCAUAUUCGUGAUGGCUUGCAUGUUAACCGUGUAGGGGCGAAGGGAGGAGGUCAUAGAGUGUGGCUGAGUAGAUGCACAAUGCGUUUGAGAUAGGUUGAGCUGUUCAAGGGAAGCGUGUCGUGCAGUCGCUCUCCGAGGAACUCUGCUUCUGGAAGACUUCCUACAACCCUGCAGGUGCCGGAAGAGCAAACCUAUCGUGAAAGGUGUUGCAGUCGAAGUUCAUGGAAUCUGUAUCAUGAAUAAAUUCUUCAAAAGGUGCCUUCUCGUUUCAUUCUUAUAUCGUCUUGAUCACACAUCAGCAGCAGUGCAAAUCCCAACAGCCUCCAGUUCAAGUAUGAAUUCACCUCUCGUCUUGAUCAGCUUGCCUGCUGAGCUCAUAGCAAGGGUCGCCGACGACUCUGCUCUGUCCAAGCACGAUCUUAUGCGCCUUCGACUGACGUGCAGACUUUUGAACUUCUGGGCUACUUAUUCACUUGCACAACAACACCUGUCGAAGAUCGGUAUCUCAUUAAACAGAUACGACCUUCAGGCUCUCUCAGCAAUCUCCAAGCAUCCGCAAUUCGGUCCCCAUAUUCGCUCCAUCCAGCUGGACCACACUCGCGUCCAUCCUGACCAAGUCGCCAUCUUGGCUGACGCCAUGGUCCAGGCCAAACAGUCAGGCAAUGACGGUUAUCCAAAGGCAAAGGAGAGAUUCCAAGGCACAAGUCGCCGCUUUGUUGAUGAACUGGAGCUAGAAGAUUCAGAAGAAGCCUUGCAGUCGCUGAUCGUGGCAUUUUCCGCUCUCAAGACAUACAACAACCCCAUAACUCUCACCUCAGCAGAUACGCAUCUCAUGGGCUGCGACUUCGGUCACACAAGAAUUACUGAGUUUUUCGGACCCUACGUCUAUGACGAGCCCAAGCACACUCACCUCAACUCUACUAUGCGCAUGUUGCUCAGAGCUGCCUCAAGUAGUGGCCUACACAUCGAAUGCUUUCAGUUCUCAUACUGGGAGCCUCGAGAGUCGCAGGCGUUGACACAGGCUACCCCUCACAUUGACGUCAAGAUCUGCUCUAAGCUUGAAAUCCUCAAAAUCGAGUUCGAGUCUCCUCUCAGCAAAGUAGAGACCCUCCCACUACAAAAAUUCCUGGCAGCAGUCACUCAUGUCAAAACCUUCGAGCUCAAUUUACUUGCGGAACCUGGCCUCGACAUCGUCUCUAUCAGGGAAACACAGUUUUGCCAGGAGAUCCUACAAUCUAUUGCAUUUGGAUCACUGACCUCUGUUGAGCUCUGGAACGUUGGCAUCUCACAGAAGGCGUUGUCCAUGUUCUUAAAGGAACAUAGCCAUACCCUGCAAAGCCUCAAAAUCGUCGGUUCCUCAAUCUUCCAGGGCUCAUGGCUCAUAAUGCUUGCUUGGAUUGGCGAUCAGCUGCCCCGCCUCGUAGAUUUCCACGCGGAAAGUCUCUAUGAGAUGCAAGACGAGGACGUGGAAGGAGACAUUGAGACACGCGAGUUGUUCCCCGACAAGAGGAACUGGAAGCUCACCGCCCACGGCAACAACGAGUGUAUCAGGGAUGAAAUUACGAAGCUGUUGAGAGACGCUAGCAAUAGUGGCUCGUAAAGGGUUUUUACCGACUAUAGGUGAUGGGGACAGGUCUUUGGAGAAGCGAUCAAAGGCACAAUGCUUAUGAUUUUGAAGGAAUCGUCUUUAGAAAGCAUAACUCUUUCAUUCUCCCACUGGACAUGGCCCCGUUUGCAGUACAGUUUCUGCCUUGUAUCAGCUCUUAAGCUUAGCUAGGGCGUCGAGGUUAUUUGUUUUCGGAUUCAAAAAGUAAUGAGGAAGAAUACCGGAUAAUGAGUGAGUGACG